AUGCAAGUGAUUAUCAGACAAGUUCGUUUGGAGGACGCUAGCCAUCUGAAACCAGUCAUUGGACAGUAUGCAGCAUAUGAACCUGAUGACAAAGAUCUAGAUCCUCCCAUUCGUGCUAAUAACCAAUGGUCAUGUGUGAAGAUGGGUAUUAAUCAUUCGCAGCUCGCCAGGAUGCUCUGCCCUGUGAAGCACUUGGGUGAAUAUUUGAAAGAUCAUAUAGCAACACGCCAAAAGUUGCAAGACGGAGAUAUUAAGAUGCGCGCAUUGGUCUGGCCAGCCAUGGUAUACUCUGGUAAGAUUGCUGGGGAACAUUUCAACCCUCAGCAGGUGCAGAAUGGGCUAUUUGAAGGAUACCUUCUCGAGCGAGUGAGUGAUUUUUUAUUAGACUGA